GUGAGCGCCGGCGUCGCGGCGGCGGCUGUGAAGGAAGCUCGGUGGCUGUGGCCGCUGCGAGCAGGCCGGGCACCUCCUCACUGACCAGGUUCCAUAGACCUGGCGAAGGCGGGGCCGCAGGCUGAGCUGCCGCAGUAUCUCGACCCCCGGUGCGGUAGGUGCCGGCAGCGAGGGACGUAGCUUCAUCAAGAUCUCAUUAUGCAUCAGAAAAAUGAAAAAACAGAAGAAAAUUCUAUGGAGGAAAGGAAUUCAUUUAGCCUUUUCUGAGAGAUGGAAUACAGGGUUUGGAGGUUUUAAGAAGUUCUGCUUUCACCAACACUUAUGCGUUCUGAAAGCCAAAUUGGGAAGGCCAAGUACUUGGAGCAGGCAGUUGAGGCAUUUCCAUUGUAGAAAGAAGGCCCUUCAAAUCCAGAAAACGUGGAUCCAGGAUGCACCUUUUUUUGCUAAGACAAAGUCCAGUGUGGCUGCUCAAAAUGUUAGUACUUUGUCCUCUAGAGUGAAAAGAAAAGACUCUAAACACUUCAUUUCCUCCUCAAGGACCCUUUUAAGACUCCAAGCAGAGAGGCUGCUGUCCUCAGCAAAGAACUCUGACCAUGAAUACUGUGGAGAGAAAAGUGUCUUGAAGGCAGUUGCUGACUUACCAGGAAAUAAUGUUUUAGGUCAGGCCAAUGGUCACAGACCUAGGACGGAGCCACAAGCUUCUGACUUUCCUAUGAAGUUCAAUGGGGAGAGCCAAAGUCCAGGUGAGAGUGGCACAAUUGUGGUCACCUUGAGCAACCAUAAGAGAAAGCGCUUUUGUUAUGGCUGCUGCCAAGGUUUGGAGCACCAUAGGAAUGGGGGACCCCUGAUUCCAAAAAAGUUUCAACUUAACCAACAUAGAAGAAUAAAAGUAUCUCCUUUUAUGAUGUAUGAGAAAUUAUCCAUGAUUAGAUUUCGGUACAGGAUUCUCAGAUCCCAGCACUUCAGAACAAAAAGCAAAGUUUGCAAACUAAAAAAAGCCCAGCGAAGCUGGGUGCAGGUCACUGGGGACCAUCAAGAGACCCUUAGGGAGAACGGUGAGGGUGGCAGUUGCAGCCCAUUCCCUUCCCCAGAACCUAAAGACCCUUCUUGUCGGCAUCAGCCAUACUUUCCAGAUAUGGACAGCAAUGCUGCGGUGAAGGGAAAGAACUCUCAUGUGCCUGAUGGCCACACUAAAGGAAGCCCUUUCUUGGGCAAGGAGCUUAGUUUAGAUGAAGCAUUCCCUGACCAACAGAAUGGCACUGCCACAUAUACCUGGGACCAGUCACCCUGUUCCUCUCCUAAGUGGGAGUGUACAGAGCUGAUUCAUGACCUUCCCUUACCAGAACAUCAAUCUAGUAACGUGUUGAUCUCGGAAACCGAAAGAGAAGUCAUGACUCUGGGUCAGGAAAAUCGGACAAGUACUGUCAGUGAUGACAGAGUAAAACUGUCAGUGUGUGGGGCAGAUCAAUCUGUGAGUAGUGUAGAUGGGCCUGUGUCUGAAAAGCCUGUUCAGAAUGAGAGCUCAUGCCAAAUGGAUGAGGAUGGAUCUCUCAAGCAGAACAUUCUUAGUUCUAAGUUGCUGGACCACCCUUACUGUAAAAGUCCACUGGAGGCUCCCCUGACAUGCAGUGGACUCAAACUAGAAAAUCAAGCAGGAAGUGGGAAGAACAGUCAGAAAGCCUCUCCAGUGGAUGAUGAGCAGCUGUCCAACUGCCUUUCUGGAUUCCUAGAUGAGGUUAUGAAGAAGUAUGGCAGUUUGGUCCCACUCAGUGAAAAAGAUGUCCUUGGAAGACUAAAAGACGUCUUUAAUGAAGACUUUUCUAAUAGAAAACCAUUUAUCAAUAGAGAAAUAACAAACUAUCGGGCCAGACAUCAAAAAUGCAACUUCCGCAUCUUCUAUAAUAAGCACAUGUUGGAUAUGGAUGAUCUGGCAACUCUGGAUGGUCAGAAUUGGUUGAAUGACCAGGUCAUUAAUAUGUAUGGUGAGCUGAUAAUGGAUGCAGUCCCAGACAAAGUUCACUUCUUCAACAGCUUUUUUCAUAGACAGCUGGUAACCAAAGGAUAUAAUGGAGUAAAAAGAUGGACUAAAAAGGUGGAUUUGUUUAAAAAGAGUCUUCUGUUGAUUCCUAUUCACCUGGAAGUCCACUGGUCUCUCAUUACCGUGACACUCUCUAAUCGAAUUAUUUCAUUUUAUGAUUCCCAAGGCAUUCAUUUUAAGUUUUGUGUAGAGAAUAUAAGAAAGUAUUUGCUGACUGAAGCCAGAGAAAAAAAUAGACCUGAAUUUCUUCAGGGUUGGCAGACUGCUGUUACAAAGUGUAUUCCACAACAGAAAAAUGACAGUGACUGUGGAGUCUUUGUGCUCCAGUACUGCAAGUGCCUCGCCUUAGAGCAGCCUUUCCAGUUUUCCCAAGAGGACAUGCCCCGAGUGCGGAAGAGGAUUUACAAGGAGCUGUGUGAGUGCCGGCUCAUGGACUGAAACUCAGCAGGGACUCUGGGAGGUCUGACCAAGUUGAAGCAGAUGGUUUGUUACUUGAAUCUCCAAACACUUAUUUGAAUUUUUACAGAUAUUUCAGAUCAGUGGUGUUGGGCCACUAUUGUUACCUCAAAUUUGUUUUUUUGCCCUAUUCAUUUCUCUAGCUACCGUGUACUAUUUUUUAAUGUUCAGUUUGGUUUCAUUUUUAAUUUUAUGGGUUCCGUGUGUUUCCCCCCAUAUUUAAUAUUUAUUAUCCAAACGCAUGCAUAUAGACAGAGCAUGCAGUGCAGAGUAUUAAAAAAAAAAAGAAAAAAAAAAAGCCUAGUAGAUUUGGUGCGGCUUUUGAAACUUAGUUAGACGUGAACUGAAUACAGGUUUAAAAUUUUUAAUCCCAGAACCUAAAAGUGCAGGAUGUUUUUAAUUCAACGUAACUCUGAGAAUGAUUUGUUCCCUGGGGCGUAAAGGGUAGCUAGGAGUGGUGGUUUUGACAAAGCCAGUCCUUUUACCUGCUGCACCUUUCAUUGACUUCCCUCUCCCAAGUGAGUCUUGCCGAGUGAGUUGCAUUCCUUUUGAAGGGUGAGAAGUGGCCAAAACCUGACUGGUGUGUUCUGUUUAGAGAGGCACAUAUAAAGCACAGUGCCUACUAUGGGAGGAGUUAAUUGAGGUGGGAGAAAAAGACAACUUUGGAUGUCCAGUUAAGACAUGAGAAAUUUCAAUCUUGGCUUUAAGAAUUGUAACAAAAAGGCCUAAGUCUUAUGAAGGCUUUGGCUGGAACACUGAAUUCUCUGGAUUUUUGGUUUUGGCCCAUUAAAAAUGUUAAUAUCCAUUAAACUAGUGGUCAAACACAUGAGAAUUCAGCCUUUCUGAGUACAAGCUGUUAUCCUUGUGUUGUCUCCCAUAUGGAAGAAAUUAAGAUUUGCCAAACACCUUUUAUUCUUCAAAGGUGUUUAAAAUAUAAAUCUUCAAAACUAAAGACUGACCAGGUCUUUUGCAGAUGGGUAGGGAGGAGAGAAGAGGAAGGGUAAGAAGACUGGACUGCAGAGGAGCACAGCAGAUAAUGUAUUUGCUCUUCCCUCUGGUCAUCUCAGCAGCAUGCAGGGCUCCUCAUCUGGCCUCUCCUGACCACCCUGAGACUCCAGCGCAGGGGUCUUUUUUUCACUUCUAUCAGCCUCGCCUACUGGGGGAAAGCAGAAGUGACCCUGUCCUUAUGCUUAGCUGUAGUAGGAUUAAAGUAAUGGAUCUUGCAUCUUUAUUCUAGCCUUUUGUGAUACUUGAAAGGAAAGGGAAUCUGGAAGGAUGCAUGUUAAAUUACCCAAUUAUCUUUUCUGAAGUGGGGCAGAAAAAAACACAAAGGUGUAUGUAAGAGUCUCAGAAGUUUACCAGAAUACCAAGUAAAUGACAGAAGAUACUUGGCAUUAUGCCUGUUUAGGUGUGACUAUUGAAAAUAAGCAGCUGAAACAUGCAGUUUAAACUUGGCCAGAAGGUGA